GGGCUGCUCUGCUCUUUCCAGGAUUGCUUCGUGUGUGGCGAGAGGGGGGCCACCAUCACCUGCCAGGAGGUGGGCUGCGACCGCAGGUUCCAUCUCCCCUGUGCCGUGGAGGGUGAAUGUGUCACCCGUUAUCUCCCGCCGUCCAGGUCCUUCUGCCAGGAGCACCACCCACAGCAGCAAGAUCUGGUGGCUCCAGAGGGCACCGUCUGCCUCAUCUGCAUGGACCCUGUUGAAGGCAGAACGACCUAUGGGACCAUGGUGUGCCCAGCAUGCAGAACCACCUGGUUCCACAGGGCCUGCAUCCAGGAACAGGCUAUGCAUUCUGGAAUUUUGUGCUUACAGUGCCCUCUGUGUAGAAAUCGGUAUCAGUUUCUUCUGGAAAUGAUAAACAUGGGGAUCCAAAUCCCCUUCAGCCUCCAGUGCCAGAUUAGAGCUUACCGCUCCCAGCACUGUCAGCCCAGCAGCAUCAUGGCAGUCUCCUGGAUCUCUGGAAGUGGAGUCCAGCAGACCCAGCACCAGCAGCCAGGCAGCAGCGGGGCAAACUCUGGGACCUGA